AACCCGUACGUCGCCUUCAGGCGCAGGACUGAGAAAAUGCAAACCCGAAAGAACCGCAAGAAUGACGAAACAUCUUAUGAGAAAAUGUUGAAAUUGAGGCGCGAUCUGAGCCGUGCUGUAAAUCUAUUAGAUUUUGUAAAACAUAGGGAAAAGUUAAAACGAGAACAUCUCAAGUGUUCGGUCGAUGUCUAUGAGAAACGAUACCAAAUGGGAGACUUUAGCGGACAAAUCAUUAGCGAAGUAUCAGCGCUUCGGCACAUAAGACCGUCGUCUACCUAUUUGUCGCUCAAUAAUCAGAGCGCGAAAAUGGCUGAACGAGGUGUCGGUCGGCCGAGGGUUCGGAAUGAAGAGCACUCUCAGCCCCGACGUAAACGUGUCUAUAAACGCCGUGAUAAACGGGAUGAGCCAUCCAUUACUCCGGUUCGCGUCGAAGUUCAUGACAACGAUUACGUGUUUAACAGUUCGGACGACGAGGCGGACAGCACUUCGCCGAUCGCUGACCAGAUGUCGGAUCAGGAGGAACAGGAAGAUCCCGACGGAAUCUACGCUUUCAAACGGAAGAGAGGCUGUAGUUAUUACGCGCCACUCAUCGAUAGGUUAGGUAACUGGCCCUGGGCUUCACCACUCGAGGGCGGCUCCGGAGACCGUCGAUACAGAUUACAUUUAGAUCGGGCCUACACUCCACUCGACCCCUUUUGGUCGGAAUUCUCUCGAAACACAAUUCCCAAUGGCUUUCCUUCUAAUGAGCUUUUGAGUGAAAUUAAAAACGAAUGGUUACACUUCAGGCCCCGAACCCCACCUCAAGAGUCUUCAAGUUUGUGUUAUUUGUCAGAAAGUGUUGAUAACAAUGAAUACGACGCCGAAGGGAAUGUGAUUCCUGUUGUGUCGAUCACAUCAUUGAAGGAAUUCGUCGACGAGAACAGCAUUACAUCGAAUGGUAUCCACAAUGAGAUCGAUAUCGAAAGUUUCCACAAACAUCAGGAAGAGUUGAUCGAAAUGCAGAGAAAGCAAAUGGAAAGACUCAAACACAACCACCAGACGGGAGGCGACACCACCACAACCCCCAAGAGUGGGACGUAUAGUGUGUGCAAUUCUGAACAUUCCUCCCACUCUUCGUCGACCAAAGCGGUCACAUCGUCUCCGAAGGCGAGCCCAAUGUCAUCGCCAGUGAAGAAGGCGUCGAAAGUGUUGUCGUCGGACAACUGGCCGAUACGGUCGACGCCAACGGCGCUGCAGUUCUCGACACUGGACUCGGCUUCGGUUCAGUUCGCCGUUAGUGUAGUUCGGAGUGCGAGUGAAUUGACUGCAAACAUGUCUCACAAUAGGACACAAACUCAUAACACAUGUGCUAAUGACUCAUCCAAAGAGACUCAACUCAACUCUUAUGCCAACAAUUGUGAGAAACAAUACAUUAGUGACAAACCAAUCGGUGCGAGCAAUGGUCCCAUUCAUGGCAACGAUUUGUAUCGAAAGACAAUUAAUAGUGAACUAAGUUUGCCGUCCACUGCAUCUCUGACCACAUCUACGACGGGCCCAGAGCUCGACGCAAAUGACUCACACUCUCUCACACCCAUUACACCGCACCCGACGCCACACCAGAGCCCACACCCGACCACACACUCCACUUCUACCCCAACCUCUUGUAAAUUGAAAUUUCAAAAUAGAAGCCAAAAGACGAACACAAGUAUACCUCCGACUGAUGUCACUUGAAUUGAAUGAUAAUUUAUAUUUCUCUCGAUUUUCAUUGUUUUCCAAUUGAUUUAUCAUUUGAACGAUUGCUCCCAUUCUGUGCUGUAAUUCGUUAAAACUUUUGUUUGUCUCAAACCGAGUCAUAACUAUACACAAC